UGUCCAAACAAUUGUAAUGAUUUCUGAAAAUUGUGUGAACACUUUUAUUGUUAUUUGUGGAAUAUUAUUGAAAUUCUCUAAUAAUUGUCGCGCCGUGGAAGUUGGUUUGCCGCUGAUACAGAUAAGUCAUGAUGAUGACCUGGGCGAUGAUUAUCCGGAAUUACGAGAAGAAGUUCAUUUGGAAGAUUUCUUUUGGACAGGAUCCGGUGAUGGUCCACCUGAUUAUUUGAAAAAGGUGCACACGGGCAUAAGUAAAGGAAAAGAUGUGGUGGUUAAGACGGAAACGGUUGUUGCUACCGAUGUGGAUGGUAAUAAGGAAGUUGAUAUUCCCAUUUGUUUGGAUUGCUAUGGUGAAGGUACCGUGGGUAUAGAUGGCACUUGGACUGGGGUAAAUAUGCCACCAUUAAAUUACUCAGCUACCGAUAGACGUUACUGGCUAUUGACAGUGAUGUCGGGGUUUUAUACACAAAAAGAUAAUCCCAUAUUAGAAGAGAAAUUAGCAAGACUUUAUCGUUUAGCUUUUACAAGACAACAAACCAGACAUUUAGGCAUAAAUGGAGCUCAACAUAUAUCGGGAAUUGCAAUAUCAACGGCGGGCAGGGAUAGGAGACAUAGUGAAUCGACUACAACUAAAGAACCUUCCGAUUACGACAGCGAACUAAUCGAUAUGCAUGUCAAUAAUGAUCCUCUCAAUAAAAAUUCUCAAUCUCCCUAUCCCAUUAAUAUAAAUUCUGAAUUGAUGACUUCGUCUGAGGAAAAUUUUGAAGAUACAACUUUAUUGGAUUAUCCAGCGCCUGUAACAGAUAUGCAGGCUGAAUCUUCUGAUAUUUUAUCACAAGUGGCGACUGUAGCACCUUGGGAAUUGAUACAAGAGAAUGAUAAAUCUCAAAAGCUGUUGACUCCCUUAGCACUGAAAACACAUGCUCUGCCCCUAAUGCAAGCUCAACGAUUGUCAGCAUUAAACUUUCGUGACGACCAGGUGCGAGUUAUUAUACAUAAUGUCACGCAACUAACAGCAGAGGAUGUACAGGAGAGAGGGAGUAUAGGGACUGGUGUCAGUGGUAUAUUAUAUGAUGAAGAUAUCAAUGAAAAAAUAGAUGAACGACCUUUAGCCAAUCAGACAGAAUUAAUAUAUUCCGUGUUUGUUAAUGGUCGUCCUGUCUUAGCUGUAACAGCGGCCAAUGACAUGAAGUUGGUUAGCGAGUCCGAGGUCUCUACGGUAAUGGGCAAGGAAAUAUUUAUGAAGGCAGAACCAUAUUUAAGAGAACCUCAGGCAACACCAUUAGCCCCAGCUACCCAUAGUGGUACCGAUUCCGGUUUUAUAGAUUCCAUUCAGAAUAAUCCCAUAUUGGUGAUAGUUAGUUCAAUUGCUAUAUUAUUGCUGUUGUUACUACUAAUAGCAUUACUUCUAAUGGGACGCUCUCAUGUCCGACAUAAACAAAAGGAGGCGAACAGAACUACUAGCCGAAAUGAGCUCUUAUCCGAAACUCAAUCAGUACGACCAACUUCUACAAUAUCAGGCUUAGAUACCGGUCGCACAACUACUCAGUCACGUGAUGUUGGCAUUCAAAAUUUUUCAUUUGAAAAUGAAAAUGGGAAUUCGGCCCGAGAACCACGCAUACAUUUUCCAGGACCGCCAGCACAACGUACACGGCGAUCAUCUAUAACAUCUUCCGAUAAUACUUCCGACUCAUCUGUCUAUUGUCCCAUUAAUCCACCAACAGCAGAUGUUCAACGAAUGCUCGAUGAAAAGGCAGCCAACCUAUUUGAGCGUCAUAAGGCAAGACGACACAAUCGAUACGACAGAGCUGAAGGUCAUGAGGAUGCCGUAUAUACUACGGUGAUUUCGGAAAAGAAACGCGACAAAUCUAGGCAACAUAAACCAAAACGUCGCUACUUAUCUGAAAAUCGCGUAGGUUCUUUGGAAACAAGCCCGGCACAAAGUCAACAAGAUUAUUCGGAUGAUGAAGCUAGACGAUCAUAUGGUCAUUUCGAGAGAGCAAAUGAAGCAUAUAAUCCUCACAACAAUUAUCAUCGCAACAAAUUAUUACAUCAAAAAACCAUUUAUGGCGACAGAGAUGAUGCGGCAGAAGCAAAUUCGGAAGCUAUUAAUAAGGAGAUUAUAAGAGCAUUGCAACCGGCCGAAAAAUCUUCUGAUUCGGGCAGCAUAGGCUCCUUUUUGUCUAUGCAGUCGGUAAAAGCAUUUCCAAAAACAACCUUGCCCGAACCCUUAAAUCGUGUUUUAGAACCUGUUUUUGUCACCUACUAUGACAAUAUAGAAAAUGUUCAUCAAGCUGCGUCCAAAAACAAGAAACGUUCUACGAGGGAUGCCUUAGACUCCACAACCAUAGCUACCAUUGAAAGUUUUCCUACACCCAAAGCGCCACAAAAGUUUUCACGAUUUGCCUCACAAAGUGAUAAUCCCGAUCCGGGAGUUGUUGGUCCCAUAGUCUGGGAACGACAUAAGAAACGUUUAAGUGCCGAUGAUGUCCUAGACAAUGAAGAAGAGGAUAAUGAGGUAUAUAAACAUAAGAAAAUGGAUUAUUAUAGCCCUUCAAGAGAUCCAGCUGCUAUGCGUAAUCAAUAUGAAGGCUUACUAGAGGGCGCUUUGCAAAUGUAUUCCAGUCAAGAUGAUCUACCCAUGCCAUUGCCCAACAGAGAUUUCACCAAUCAACGUAAACCGACAAAACGUGAAUUACGCGGUUCUUCGGCUGGAGCUUCCAACUGUAAUCUAAAGUCUUCAGCUCAGGAUAAUCGUCCUUCAACAGCUCAACCGGAAAAAACUACCAAAUCAAAUCAUUCUACACAACCACCUUCACCCAAUCUAGGUGCUUGGGGUAGCGGUGGUGGCAGUGCUCAUGGCUCACACUCGCCUCUUGUUCGUCCCAUGAGUGCUGGUCCAUUUCAUCGUCCAGCUGAAUUUCACAGCACUAAUAUGGCCGCCCGCCCUGUGCACGAUCUUUCCACAGCACCCCUAAUAGAGGCCAUACAAAAAGAAUUGCGAAAAUUUCAAAAUGAUCCCAAGUAAUUUUGUCAUCAAGGCACAAACUUAA